UUGGUCGGUCGGCGGAUGGAGAUGCGUUGUGAAGGCGGAGGGAUGAUGAUGAUGAUGAUGAUGAUAUAGCAGGUUGCUGCAGGGUCGUGCCGCAUUGCCUGGCCGCCGCGAGCGACGCCGGGGAGACGGUGAUGCUGUCGUCGUCAUUGUGCCACAGAAAGAGAGAGAACGAGAGGAGAGACUCUGACAUGGAGGGAAGCAGCUGUCUGUCGACUCCGAGCUCAGGCCGCCCGGAUCAGCAGGUUGGAUGUACCGCCUGAAGCCUGGAGGACCUGAUUUAUGAUAUACAUGGUGGGAAAUUAUGGUAAAGUUGAAUUCUUUGUGGUGGGAUUGAAAUGUUUCUGUGCGCAAAAGUGAAUGGCCCAAAUGUUGAUAAUGCAUCACAGGAGCAUCAUAGCAGCUACGCGUGUGCCAGUUCAGGGUGGAUUACGUCUACAGAGCAGCAGGCCUCCAUCUGAAGUCAGCUACUGAUCAGGAAACCGUGAAGAAAGCAGUUCAGUAUACUUACUUACCCUGUUGCUGCUCGGGGGGGUGGGGGGUAACCAUUUAUUCUGGUGUUUCAUUGGAAGCUGGUGUGGUGUGAUCCCCCUCGUUGGAGGGACAGCUGUGGGAAAAGAUGACUCACUUACAGGCUGGUUUGUCUCCAGAGACCCUGGAGAAAGCCAAGGUAGAGCUGAAAGAAAACCCUGAGACUUUACACCAGGACAUCCAGGAGGUCCGGGACAUGAUCAUCACCAGACCGGACAUCGGCUUCCUCAGGACAGACGACGCGUUUAUCCUCAGAUUCCUCCGAGCGAGGAAAUUCAACCACUUCGAGGCGUUCCGGCUGCUGGCACAGUAUUUUGAAUACAGACAGCAAAACCUGGACAUGUUCAAGAACUUGAAAGCCACUGACCCGGGCAUUAAGCAGGCCCUGAAGGAUGGUUUCCCUGGCGUGCUCUCCAAUCUGGACAGAUAUGGCAGGAAAAUACUGGUCCUGUUCGCAGCCAACUGGGACCAGAGCAGAUACACCUUUGUGGACAUACUGAGGGCGAUCUUGCUGUCGUUGGAAUCUAUGAUAGAAGAUCCCGAGCUGCAGGUCAACGGCUUCAUCCUCAUCAUCGACUGGAGUAACUUCACCUUCAAGCAGGCGUCCAAACUGACCCCCAGCAUGCUGCGGCUGGCCAUCGAGGGACUGCAGGACAGUUUUCCUGCCAGAUUUGGAGGGAUCCACUUUGUGAAUCAGCCCUGGUACAUUCACGCUCUCUACACCGUCAUUCGACCCUUCCUUAAAGACAAGACGAGGAAGAGGAUCUUCAUGCAUGGUAACAACCUCAACAGUCUCCAUCAGCUCAUCCACCCAGAGAUCUUGCCGUCCGAGCUCGGUGGGAUGAUGCCACCCUACGACAUGGGGACGUGGGCUCGAACACUGCUGGACCACGCGUACGACGAGGAAACCGACUACUGUCCAGAGUCCUACACGCUGUCAGUACAAGACCUGGAGAGAGACCUGGAGAAGAACCUUUCCCCGAAGACCAUGAAGAGGUCUCAGUCGGUGGUGGAACCGGGAGUCCUGAAGCGACCAGAAAAAGUCAAGAGUGAAGAAGACAACAUGCAGCCGCUGCUUUCGCUAGACUAAACCGUGCAGUAACAGCUCAAAAGCAUACCCGAAUCAAUAUUUACACACACAAAUACACUGACUUACCGUGCACAAGCAACACGCGCCCUGAAAAACACCUUCCUGCAAGAAAUGCUGCAGCUGCAGCUGCUGGAUUCAUGUUUCUCUGGAACUCAUGGAAAAUCAGGCGGCCAGAGACGAGAAGGACGUUUCCUUAGACUAAAGGGCAUCCUAAGAGCUACUGAUGGUGUUCUAUAUAUAUUUAUUUAGGUAUUUGUCAAGUGCCAAUUUCAGAAACUGUAAAUUAACAUCUUUAAACAAUCCAGUAUGGAGCAGGGAAGAGACGCUCAAGAGACUGAGUUGUGAAAGUAUAGUGUUUCCUACAGUUGUAUAGCAGAUAGAUGAUAAAGAAUAUGGAAAACUCAAAAUCCAACUUCAAAGAGGGCUCGGGGCCACAGCUCUUGACCUGCAGUUUUUCCCUUUUUUUUGUACAGUAAUGUGAGGAAAAAUGCCCCAUAUGGGCAAGAAGCACGGCUCAGGAUCAGCAGCAGUGAUGGUGAUCAGCUCGUUCGACCUCCUGGACACAAACUGGCAAACAGGCAGCGGGUUUUACUGGGAGUUUACUGCGUGUUUACUGCGUGAUUACUGGGGGUUUGGGCGCCUUUCCUCUGAAAAUAAUGUCUAAACUCUUCGGUCUCACUCCAUUUAUCUGUUGGAAAAGCAAACCCCCCUUUACGGUAAGAGUUGGCUCUAUGAAUCAUCUGCUUUUUUCCUUUCAGCUAUUUUUUCUCUUUUUUUUCUUACCCAUAUGUCACAGAACUCAGCACUGUCUUCUCCCAUAACACAACCCUGCUUGACUCACAUAAUUAUGCAUUUGUUUGGCAGAAGAUGACCAAAAGAUAUAUUUUCUGAAUCUAGAUGCACAAAAUAAAUGAGACUAAUUUUAUAGGAGAGAAGGGCAAAGCGUAUCAUCCUCUCCUGUGACUUUGUGGCACAUUUGUUGGAUUUAUUAUCC